AUGUUCAGGAUGUUUCUGUUCCUGCUGCUGCUGUGGUUUCUGCCCCCCACUGAGGGGUCCCAGCGGGCUGAACCCAUGUUCACGGCAGUCACCAACUCGGUUCUGCCCCCCGACUAUGACAGCAACCCCACCCAGCUCAACUAUGGCGUGGCAGUUACUGAUGUGGACCAUGAUGGGGACUUUGAGAUCGUCGUGGCAGGGUACAACGGCCCCAACCUGGUUCUGAAGUACGACCGGGCCCAGAAGCGGCUGGUGAACAUCGCAGUGGACAAGCGCAGCUCCCCCUACUAUGCGCUGCGGGACCGGCAGGGCAACGCCAUCGGGGUGACAGCCUGUGAUAUCGAUGGGGAUGGCCGUGAGGAGAUCUACUUCCUCAACACCAAUAAUGCCUUCUCAGGGGUGGCCACGUACACGGACAAGUUGUUCAAGUUCCGCAAUAGCAGGUGGGAAGACAUCCUGAGCGACGAAGUCAACGUAGCCCGCGGUGUGGCCAGCCUCUUUGCCGGGCGCUCUGUAGCCUGUGUGGACAGGACGGGCUCCGGACGCUACUCUAUCUACAUCGCCAAUUAUGCCUACGGUAACGUGGGCCCUGAUGCCCUCAUUGAAAUGGACCCCGAGGCCAGUGACCUCUCCCGGGGCAUUCUGGCGCUCAGAGACGUGGCUGCUGAGGCAGGGGUCAGCAAGUAUACAGGAGGCCGGGGUGUCAGCGUGGGUCCCAUCCUCAGCAGCAGUGCCUCGGAUAUCUUCUGUGACAACGAGAAUGGACCCAACUUCCUCUUCCAUAACCGAGGUGAUGGCACCUUUGUGGACGCAGCUGCCAGCGCUGGUGUGGACGACCCCCACCAGCAUGGACGAGGUGUUGCCCUGGCGGACUUCAACCGUGAUGGCAAAGUGGACAUCGUCUACGGCAACUGGAAUGGCCCGCACCGCCUCUAUCUGCAGAUGAGCGCCCACGGGAAGGUCCGCUUUCGGGACAUCGCCUCACCCAAGUUCUCCAUGCCCUCCCCUGUCCGCACAGUCAUCGCCGCCGACUUUGACAAUGACCAGGAGCUAGAGAUCUUCUUCAACAACUUUGCCCACCGAAGCUCCUCAGCCAACCGCCUCUUCCGCGUCAUCCGCAGGGAACACGGUGACCCCCUCAUUGAGGAGCUCAAUCCUGGCGAUGCCUUGGAGCCUGAGGGCCGGGGCACAGGGGGUGUGGUGACAGACUUUGACGGAGAUGGGAUGCUGGACCUCAUCUUGUCCCACGGAGAAUCCAUGGCCCAGCCGCUGUCCGUCUUCCGGGGGAAUCAGGGCUUCAGCAACAACUGGCUUCGAGUGGUGCCGCGGACCCGGUUUGGGGCCUUCGCCAGGGGGGCGAAGGUCGUGCUCUACACCAAGAGGAGCGGGGCCCACCUGAGGAUCAUCGACGGGGGCUCAGGCUACCUGUGCGAGAUGGAGCCCGUGGCACACUUUGGCUUGGGGAAGGAUGAGGCCAGCAGCGUGGAGGUGACAUGGCCAGAUGGCAAGAUGGCCAGCCGGAACGUGGGCAGCGGGGAGAUGAACUCGGUGCUAGAGAUCCCUUACCCCCAGGACGAGGACAGACUUCGGGACCCAGCCCCGCUGCAGUGCGGCCAAGGAUUCUCCCAGCAGGAAAAUGGCCAUUGCAUGGACACCAACGAAUGCAUCCAGUUCCCGUUCGUGUGCCCCCGGGACAAGCCCGUGUGUGUCAACACGUAUGGGAGCUACAGGUGUCGGACCAACAAGCGGUGCAGUCGGGGUUACGAGCCCAACGAGGACGGCACGGCCUGUGUGGCUCAAGUGGCCUUUUUAGGUGGGUAUCCUUCUGCCGCCUUUAGAAUCUCUGAGCCUCUCUCUCGGGCCUCAUCUCUUUCUCUAGGCCUUGGACUUUGCCUUCAGUUAUAUGCAUUUUAAAUUCCAUCAAUAAAGGAAAAAAAAA